AUGGCGUCUAGGUAUGACCGAGCCAUCACUGUCUUCUCCCCGGACGGACAUCUGUUCCAGGUAGAAUAUGCCCAGGAAGCAGUGAAGAAAGGAUCCACAGCGGUUGGAAUUCGAGGAACUGAUAUAGUUGUGCUUGGGGUCGAAAAAAAAUCUGUAGCCAAGCUGCAAGAUGAAAGAACUGUGAGGAAAAUUUGUGCCCUUGAUGACCAUGUCUGCAUGGCUUUUGCAGGACUGACUGCGGAUGCUAGAGUGGUAAUAAACAGAGCCCGUGUAGAAUGCCAGAGUCAUAAACUUACAGUUGAGGACCCAGUCACUGUGGAAUAUAUAACUCGCUUCAUUGCAACCUUAAAGCAGAAAUAUACUCAAAGCAAUGGACGAAGACCUUUUGGUAUUUCUGCCUUAAUUGUAGGUUUUGAUGAUGAUGGUAUCCCAAGAUUGUAUCAAACUGAUCCCUCUGGUACAUAUCAUGCUUGGAAGGCUAACGCAAUAGGCCGAAGUGCUAAAACCGUUCGAGAAUUUCUUGAAAAGAAUUACACAGAAGAUGCGAUAGCAAGUGACAAUGAAGCUAUCAAAUUAGCAAUAAGAGCUUUGCUAGAAGUUGUCCAGUCUGGUGGGAAAAAUAUUGAGCUUGCUAUAAUAAGAAGAAAUCAGCCUUUGAAAAUGUUUAGUGCCAAAGAAAUUGAAUUACAAGUAACUGCAAUAGAAAAAGAAAAAGAUGAAGUAGAGAAGAAAAAAUCAAAGAAGACUAGCUAA